UGGAGGGGCUGAAGCAACUGGUAGCAAUACAGCAGCAGUGCGAGCAAAGGGGAUGAUGGGAAAUUUCUCUCUGCUUAAACACACCACCUGAUAAGGUUUGAGUGUAUUAAAGAUGGUUGUGGAGAGUGAGGUCUGUCACGUGAUUUAAAUUAAACGCAUAGCGUAUCUUCAAAGAGGGGCCACGACAUGGAAUUAGGUUAAAAUACAGGAUGUUCAUGCAACAACGAUGCAUGCGUUUCAAAUAGGCAGGUUUAAAAUGAGCACCAGUCGUUUGAAUGACUUACUACCUCUUUUAUUAGGACCUGAGCACAGAUAGAGCAGGACCCUAUGGUUUCCAUCAAAGUCAACCAGUUAUCAGUUUUAAUCCCUCAGACAUGCUGAAGUGUCUUCUCUGUCUGUAUAAAAACAGAUGUACGUAUGGAUCAUGUGAUUAAAGCUACAUGCAUAUAUUAAAGUGUUCAAAGGAAUAAAGCGUUACCAUUCAAUAGUGAGUAACUUUGAAGUGAGCAGAGGAGGCCUUUGAUCUUGUUACAAUUUAUAAAUCAACAUCAAACACUUUUUAGAAUGUUCAAAUAAGAUAUAUUGCACACAAUUGAGAUAUUUGCUCAUGUCCUUGCCUGUUCACCUCGGAGAGACACGUGCAGAGAGAACCUUGCCAUUUUAAUUUUUAACAUUUUUUAAUAUUAUCUGCAAGGAUGACGGAGCCAGAACACCCAGACCUUGACCUGUUUAGAAAGGAGAUGGAGGCCUUGAACUUCAUUCCUUCGCUCCUUGACUUUGACUUGUUGAUGGAAGUUUUGAAUGAGGACAUGGCCGACUCUUCUCUUCCUACCAAUGAAACCCCUGCAGAGGAAUCGUUUGGCCCCCAGCAGCCUCAGACAGAGUUCCACAUGCCUCUGGGAGCAGCACCGUGCAGUCUGCAGCAGCCAGUCAUGCCUGCACCUGGACUUCAUGCUGCCAACACCAACCCUCCUCUUCCUCCUCCUUAUUAUGCCCCAGCUGAGGGAGAGGUUGGCCCCCAGCAGCCUCAGACCGAGUACUACAUGCCUCUGGGAGCAGCACCGUGCAGUCUGCAGCAGCCAGUCAUGCCUGCACCUGGAUGGGCUCCUCCCAUGUACCAGCCACUGCAGCCGAACUACAUGUACUCUCAGGCAGCUCCUUUCAGCUACAGCCAGGUCAACACCGUGCCAAUAAUUCCUUACGGAUUACUAAAUGGAGGGUUUAUUUAUGGGGUUCCGGCCUACACAGCUGCACCAGUCGCAUCUGAUGCCCCUGAAGUUAAGGCCCAGCCUCCACAAAAGAAAAAGUUGGAUAGGAAGCCAGGCGACGAGAGCAGGCUGAACGGCACGAGUCCUCCAAGCGCUUUCAUGAUAUUCUGCAGGGAACAGAGGCCAAAGGUUGUGGCAGAGCUGCAAAACCUGGAAUGUGCGGCUGUCAACAAAGUCAAUGGACAGAAAGGCAUAAAGAAGAAGAGGAUAAGGAGGAAGGGUCCGUGUACGACUGAAGAUUCUGUCAUUUGAACUCUCCAGGGACUGAAAAUCAUAUGAAGACCUUCAGCUUGGCUCCUUUCAGACCUUCUGUACACUAACA